AUGGCUCAUAAUCCAAAGACACCCCCUCGUCAAAACACCGCCCUUUCCCAGGCACCUAGCACCACACCGGCCAAGGCGAAGACCACCGCGGGCUCCACAUUCAACACGUCAAAACUUGAAGGCAAGCGAAAUGUCAUGUUUGAGUCGACCCGUCUCCUCCUUAUUCCGAACGAACGUAUGGAAGCGAUCUUACCCUUGCCCGAAUGGGUCGCGGCAUGCGUAGAGCAGCUGUCGGAUAGCCAUCCAGUUUUCACAGGGAAGGAAUGGGAUGACCUUCCACACCUCACCACGAAAGAUCAAACGUCGACCCUUGUGGGCAAGGAAGAUGAAGUCUUCCAAGCUUACCGCCCUCUCCACGAAUUGAUCGUCAAGACCUGUGGGAGUUGGCCAGGAAGCUCAGAGGCGCGACCUGUUUUGCUCCGGCCGAAAAAUACGCCCAAGUCCACCCUGAAGGAAAAUUCAAGCAGGCCAGAUGGAGCGAAUCCAAAGGACAGUUCCCUGAAGAUCGAAUGGGACAAGGAGCGGUACGUGUGGGUCGACCUGUUUUCGGCGUACGAGUUCAAGAAUGCGAACGAGAAGAAUCUGGUUGGUCUCAUGGGUAUCCAGGUGCGCCGAACUGAUGCGUUCACACCGUUUUCCUAA